AUGAGCCAGGAAGAAGACGACCUCGGCAACAUCUGGAUCCCCAUCAUUAGUGGUACGUUUAUACUAUAGUUAAGUUGACGUAUACAAAGCUUCUCGGAGCUAUUACUGUAUCCGUGUACAAAAGGUAUCAUAAGAUAGGUAAUAGCUGCAGUGUACUUUGUAAAUAAAUAGAUUAUUUGAGGUAAGCUGUUAAUUAUAGUAGGUGACCUUUUAAGUUGGUGAAUCAUAGUGAAUAGUUACUCUAUUAUGUAUAGUAAAAAAAGUUUUUAGGCCUGGUUCUGUCUCAGCUAACCCCAAUAACCCCGGCUCUGCUCGACCUCUGGCUGGGCUGUGCUCGCCCGGGUCGGAAUUUGGGACCCGAGGGCCAGGCUCAAGAAAAGGCUUCAAAAGCUCAACUUAGGUCCCGCAACAAAUAAUUUGACUUUUUAAAAAAAUGUAAAGCAUAAUAAUGUGUAUUACCAAGCAUAAUGACUGUUCUUGCUAUAAAACAGUAUAUUUUUAGCUUAUGCUCUCAUUUUCCUAUUCCUUAAUAUGGCCUAUGUCAUAUACGAAGGAAUUGUCAUUACAAGAAGGGUUAAUAGUCAAUUAGUCAACGGUAAGUUAUCAUACCGAGCUAUCUUCUUUUUAUGUUUUUGUUGUUACAUAUAUAUAUGAUCAUUGUAUCGAAAAAUAAGCUAGAAAAAAAUUGUAGCUUUAAAGUCCUUUUUACAUUGUAAAAUGUAGUUUUACAAGCAUUGACUUCUUACUAACAAUCGUAAGACAGAAGCCUAAUUAUUUUAUUUACAAAGACAAAUAGAAAAUUUCAGAGAAAAGUCUAACAACCCUACCGGUUAUCAAAUGGCCAUUAGAACCCGAGCACCCAUUGUCGUAUCAUUGUACUAACAAAACCAAGACUUCUGGAUCAAAGACUUCAGGCAGCAAAAGGUCUGGAGACAAAAGAGUUUCUGGCUCCACUAGGAAGAAGACUUCUGGUACCAAACCGAAACGAUCCUCUGGCCAAACUGAUAAAACUCAAAACACGAAAUCGAAAUAA